AUGAAAAAAAAGAAACAAGGAAAAGGCGUUAAAAAAGAACAAAAAUCCAUUGAUGAAAGUGAAAAUGAAGACUAUAGGCUUCGUGCUAUUGAAAAAUAUCAAGAUAUUAUGGAUUCACAAGAUGAAUUUGAACUAGGAAAAGAUGAAGUUCUUUUGGAUCAAAAGGAUUCAUUUGAUGAAAAUGAAGAUUUCAUGAGUGCUACGGAUGAAGAAGUUCUUCGUGUAAAUACUGAAUCUUCAAAUGAAAGAAGUGAUGACAAUGCCUCAGUAGAUUCCCCUGGUACAGAAGAUAGUGAUGAUGAUGAUAUUAAUAUGCAAAAUUGGGGAACAUCUAAAAAAAAUUACUAUAAUGCAGAUUCAUUCUCAGAUGAAGAAGAUGCUCUUGAGGAGGAGAAAGAAGCAUUAAGGCUCCAGAAACAGCAUCUUUCAAAGCUGAAAGAAAGUGAUUUUAUAGAUGAUUUGGUGGAAUGGAAAGAUCAAGAUACAGAUAAACAUAAAAAUGUGAUUGAUAAAAAGUAUAAAUUUCAAUAUCUUGUUUAUCUUUUUAAUUCUAUUAGUGAGAUAAUUACGGAAACACUUCAGUUUAGUAUUCCGGAUAAUUUGUCAGAUGAAGAAGCUAUUAAUUUUUUAAAAAAAAUGUAUCCUGAAUUUAUUUUACUUUCUAAGGAGUACCAAACUCUUUUUCCAUUAUUGGAUCCAUUAAAAACUUCCUAUGAAAAAGCAGAUUCUUUUCAAAUAAAAAAUAUAGAGCAAAAGUUUUUCAGUUUAUCUGCAUAUCUUGGUGUAUUGGCUAUGUAUUUUUUAAUUAUAUCAGAUCCAGAUAAAGACGUUGGAUCUAUGAAAGAUCAUCCAAUUAUGAUAACUCUUAUGCGUUGCAAAAAAAUGUGGGAAAUGGUAAAAGAUAUUGAUAUUAAUGCAUUAGAAACUACUGUAGAAACUCAAUCAGAAAAAACCAGCAUUGUUAAAGAUGAUUUGUCUUUAAAUAUAUAUGAUGAAGAAGAGGAGAAGCAACCAGAAGAAGAUAUUAGCCAAAAAAUAGAGGAGAAAUCUAAAUUGAAUUAUACUGAUCUCAAUAUAUUAGAUGUUGAAAAAUCACUUCGAUCUAUAAAACAUAUUUCUAGAGACAAAUUAAAAGAAGAAAAUGAUUAUAGAGAACAAGAUACCUUUGAAAUACUUAAUCACGACAAAGAAAGUAUUAAAAAGAAAUCAAUUAAACUUUAUGUAUCUCAAAUUAAUCAGAAAUCUAAAAAAAAAGUUAGAUUUUUAAACUCUGGAGAUAUGGACUUACCGUAUCCUGAACGUAAGAAAGAGCGUAUGAUACGUUCUAUUCAAGAAGCAAAAGCAAGAAUGGAAAAUCAAAAUGAUAAUUUUUCAGAAUCAGAAUCUGAUUCACAGAGUGACGAUUCAGACAAAAAUUACUAUCAUAUGCUAUCCGAAUCUAAUAAAAGGAGAAAGUUAGAGAAAAAAAUGAAUUAUGAUAUGAAUAGGGAACGUGAAAAGCAGGCCUUGAUCGAUGCAGAAAAUGAAGCAAUAAAUGGAAAACGAAAAAUUAGAUAUGACAUUGAAAAAAAUAAAGGAUUAAUUCCUUAUAGACCAAAAGAAGUUCGUAAUCCAAGAGUUAAGAAAAGAAAGAAAUAUGAAGCAGCUAAGAAAAAACUUGCCAGUAAAGUCUCUAUUUAUAAAGGUACACCGAAAGAUGCAUAUAAAGGAGAACCUACGGGUAUCAAAACUCAUUUAGUAAAAUCUAUAAAGUUUCGAUAA